AUGAUGGAUUUGGAUUCUCAAGAGUUGUGGGGGCGUGGACCUUCUAUGGAAUCACCAAACAACGCGUGGGCCAGUGUACAACGAACUCCCGCCGAUAGCGCUCGUACGCAGCAGAUAGUAUCACCCGUUGUUCGACAGGCUGAAUCUUUGGGGUCGCUCACAUUGACAGAUUCAUCGCUGUCAGCAGAGGUGAAGGAGACUAUGCGUAAUAAUUACAAUGAGCGAAAGAUGUACGAGCCCGGCACGCCAGCGUUGGAACAGACAGUGUGGGGAGCGCCACCAUCACAACUAGACGCAAGUAUAAGCGGGCUAGAUACUUCGAUGGCACCAGUAGCCAGCCAGAGCUCCAUGUGCGACGAACUACACAGCGAAGAUCUUGAGAAUUGGAUGAAUAGUCGGCGAAAGACGUACAAUCCCUUAGCCAAGAACAUCGUCGUGGUAGAAGAGAUCCCCGAGCGGGAGGGCAUCCUCUUCAAACAUACGAACUACUUGGUCAAACAUCUGGUUGUGUUACCAAAUACGAAUCCCUCCUCCAACCAGACAGUCAUUCGUCGCUACUCCGACUUCAACUGGCUUCAGGAAGUUUUAUUGAAGAAAUAUCCUUUCAGAAUGAUCCCCGAGUUGCCUCCCAAGAAGAUAGGGGCGCAGAACGCGGAUCCCAUCUUCUUGGCUCGCAGGCGUAAGGGUCUAUGCCGUUUUAUUAAUCUUGUUAUUAUGCAUCCCGUUCUCAAACAGGACGACCUAGUUCUGACGUUUCUAACUGUUCCAACGGACUUGGGAAGUUGGAGAAAGCAGGCAAACUAUGACACUACUGAGGAAUUUACUGACCAGAAGAUCGAUAAGGCGUUUAUCAGUCUCUGGCAUAAGGAGCUCAGCAACCAGUGGAAUAAAGCCGAUGCGAAGAUUGAUGAGCUGCUAGAGUCAUGGAUUAAGACUUCCGUCCUUGUGGAGAGAUACGAACGGCGCAUGAGGCAGGUGUCUGAAGAGCGGCGGCUGCUUGGCCGCGUGAUUGAGGAAUUUGCUGAUAAUUCGGUAACACUAUACCCACUAGAAGAAGGCACUAUUCAUGAUAUUAACUCUCAUAUAUCCACUAUAUCAAAACAUCUCAAUAGCCUGGCCGAUACCUCUAAGAAGGAGCGUCAGGAAGUGGAGGAACACCUAUCGGUGAAGUUUAAGACCUUCAUAGAUAUUAUUAUAGCACUGAAGGGGGUCUUUGAUAGGUAUAAAAUUAUGGCGGGGAAUAACAUAGCACAUUUGCAGAGGAGAGUGGAAAUAAAUAUGGACAAACUUCAAUCUAUGGAGAGUAAUCCGGACGUUAAAGGUGCAGAAUAUGAUAAACUCAGACAGACAAUUCAACGGGACAAACGGACAAUUGCUGAGCAACUAAACAGGUCCUGGCUAAUUAGAAAGUGCAUUUUAGAGGAAUUUGUAAUUUUCCAGGAGACUCAAUUUUGUAUCACACAUGUCUUCCAGGAAUGGGCCAAGAUGCAUGUAAAGUACGCCAACGAGACCACUGAAAGUUGGGAAAAGGUGUAUGCAAAUUUACAAGAUAUGCCGCUAUCGAGAAGUUAG